AAUUUCGCAUUUAAGUUUCUCUCUCCUCUCAUCUCAUCUCUCAUCUUCUUCCAUUCCUCAAAAUCUUACUCAAUCCUUUCCAAUCUCUUCUACAAUUUUUCUAGCUUCAUGAAUUUCUCCUCUCUUCGAUUCAAACCCUAAUUUUUGAACUAAUUUCUGUUAAUUUGUACCAGUUAAGCAAGAUUUAAACGCGAAGUUAUUCAAUUUUAAGUUACACCUCCCUCAAAUAAAAAAACCCUAACCCUAAUUCUGGAAUAAUCGCGAUGGCGACUGCAAAUGGGAAGCCGUCGAGUAAUCCAUAUCAAAUCAAUUUAGAAACCUUUUCCAAGAGAUUGAAGGCUUUGUAUGAUAACUGGAAGGAGAAUAAAUCAGAUUUAUGGGGCGAUUCAGAUGCAUUAGCGAUUGCGACACCGCCGCCUUCUGAUGAUUUGCGAUACUUGAAAUCUUCGGCGCUUAAUAUUUGGCUUUUAGGGUAUGAAUUUCCUGAAACUAUUAUGCUUUUUACUAAGAAGCAAAUUCAUUUUCUUUGUAGUCAGAAGAAAGCUUCCUUGCUUGAGGUUAUCAAAAAGUCGGCCAAAGAGGCCGUAGGUGUCGAUGUUUUGAUGCAUGUUAAGGGGAAAAAUGAAGAUGGUUCGUCCCAAAUGGAGACCAUUUUGAAGAGUGUACGUUCAUCUGGGGACGAUCAAAUAGUUGGUUACUUAUCAAAGGAAGCUCCUGAAGGGAAAUUGCUAGAAUUGUGGGGAGAGAAGUUGUCAAACUCUGGGUUGAAGUUGAGUGAUAUUACGAAUGGGUUAUCGGAUUUAUUCUCAGUCAAGGAUAGUGGAGAAAUGGUGAAUGUGAAGAAGGCAGCUUUCUUAUCGAGUUCAGUGAUGAAGAGCCAUGUUGUUCCUAAGUUGGAGCAGGUUAUUGACGAGGAGAAAACAGUGGCGCAUUCUGCAUUAAUGGAUGAUGCUGAAAAGGCAAUUUUAGAUCCUGCUAGGGUUAAAGUUAAGUUGAAGGCGGAGAAUGUUGAUAUUUGUUACCCUCCAAUUAUUCAGAGUGGUGGGAAGUUUGAUUUGCGACCGAGUGCAUCUAGUAAUGAUGACCCUCUAUAUUACGAACCUGCUAGUGCCAUUAUUUGUGCUGUUGGAUCGAGGUAUAAUAGUUAUUGUUCGAAUGUAGCUAGGACAAUUUUGAUUGAUGCUAAUCCAAAUCAGAGUAAGGCGUAUGAGGUUUUGCUCAAGGCUCAGGAAGCUGCCAUUAGCGCUCUGAAGGCAGGCAAUAAAGCUAGUGGUGUUUACCAGGCUGCUCUUGUAGUGGUUGAAAAAGAGGCGCCUGAUUUGGUGAAAAAUCUAACUAAGUCAGCAGGUACUGGUAUCGGCCUUGAAUUUCGAGAGUCGGGUUUGAGUUUGAAUGCCAAGAAUGACAAGGUGUUGAAACCAGGGAUGGUUUUCAAUGUUUCUAUAGGCUUUCAGAACAUGAAAACUGAUGCUAGUAAUCCAAAAAGCCAGAAUUUUGCUCUGCUUUUGGCCGAUACUGUAAUUAUUGGGGAGAAAGGCCCAGAAGUCACGACUUCGCUGAGUUCCAAGGCACUGAAGGAUAUUGCCUACUCUUUCAAUGAAGAAGAGGAGGAAGAAGAGCCUGCUAAGGCUAAACGCAAGGUCAGUGAGGCUGAAGCUAUUCCGACAAAAACUACUCUUCGAUCAGAUCACGGAGAGAUUAACCGAGAAGAGCUUCGGAGACAGCACCAAGCUGAACUUGCUCGUCAAAAGAAUGAAGAAACUGCUCGCAGACUUGCUGGUGUUGGUGCAGGGGCAGGAGAUAGCCGUUCGAUGUCAAGAUCUUCAACAGAGUUGGUAGCUUACAAGAAUGUGAAUGAUCUGCCACCUCCAAAGGGUGAAAUGAUGAUUCAAGUUGAUGCAAAGAAUGAGGCUAUUUUGUUGCCCAUCUACGGAAGCAUGGUUCCUUUCCACAUUGCCACUGUGAAAACUAUAACCAGUCAGUCAGACACCAAUCGCAAUAGUUAUAUCAGGAUAAUAUUCAAUGUUCCAGGCACACCAUUUAGUCCACAUGAUGCAAAUUCCUUGAAGAAUCAGGGUGCAAUAUAUGUGAAAGAAGUAUCAUUCCGCUCAAAAGACCCCAGGCAUGUGAAUGAAGUUGUUGCUGCCAUAAAGACUCUUCGGCGACAGGUUGCUGCCAGGGAGUCUGAGAGGGCCGAGAGAGCUACCUUGGUUACUCAGGAGAAACUUAUAGUUGCUACGAACAGAUCAAAACCAAUAAGACUUACAGAUCUUUGGGUCCGUCCUGUUUUUGGUGGCCGAGGAAGAAAGCUACCUGGUACAUUAGAAGCACAUGUGAAUGGAUUUCGUUUUUCUACCUCCAGGCCUGAUGAGCGUGUUGAUAUCAUGUUUGGUAACAUUAAACACGCAUUUUUCCAGCCUGCAGAAAAUGAAAUGAUAACUCUUCUUCAUUUCCACCUCCACAAUCACAUCAUGGUGGGCAACAAAAAGACCAAGGAUGUCCAGUUUUACGUUGAAGUGAUGGAUGUGGUCCAGACCUUGGGUGGUGGGAGAAGAUCGGCCUAUGAUCCUGAUGAGAUUGAAGAGGAGCAUCGUGAAAGAGAAAGAAAAAACAAAAUUAACAUGGAUUUCCAAAAUUUUGUGACCAGAGUGAAUGAACUUUGGGGAAUGCCACAGUUUAAGGAUCUUGACCUGGAGUUUGAUAUGCCUUUGAGGGAACUUGGCUUCCAUGGUGUUCCUUACAAAGCCUCUGCUUUUAUUGUUCCCACUUCCAGCUGUCUUGUUGAGCUGAUUGAGACACCCUUCCUUGUGAUUACCCUGAGUGAGAUCGAGAUAGUAAACUUGGAGAGAGUUGGCUUUGGGCAGAAGAAUUUCGAUAUGACAAUUGUAUUCAAGGAUUUCAAGAAAGAUGUGUUUCGAAUCGAUUCUAUCCCCACCACUUCUUUGGAGAGCAUCAAAGAAUGGCUAGACACCACCGAUAUCAAAUAUUAUGAGAGUAGAUUGAAUUUACACUGGCGUGCCAUUUUAAAGACAAUUACCGACGAUCCAACAAAGUUCAUAGAAGAUGGAGGCUGGGAGUUCUUAAACAUGGAUGCUAGUGAUUCUGAAACUGACGAGGAGGAGUCUGAUAAAGGUUAUGAGCCAUCUGAUGUAGAGGCAGAAUCAGAGUCGGAAGAUGAGGACUCUGACAGUGAAUCCUUGGUGGAAUCCGAUGAGGACGAAGAGGAAGAGGAUGAAGAGGAAGUCGAAGAAGAAGAAGAGGGAAAGACUUGGGAAGAGCUGGAGAGAGAAGCAAGCAAUGCAGACCGUGAAAGAGGAGAUGAAUCCGACAGUGAAGAUGAGAGACGUAAAAGAAAGAUGAAGGCAUUUGGGAAGUCUCGAGCUGGUCCCAGUAGCAGCAUGCCUAAGCGUCCCAAGGGAAGACGUUAAGAUGGAUUUGCAGAUCCUUUGUGCCAGUAAGGUCUGUUUUACGUUAGUGGUUAUGGGUCUUAGAUAGGUGCUUCAUUUGGAUUCUGUUUCUAUAGGUCUGUCUUGUCCUCUUAGUUGCUUUUGUUUCAAUUAUGAUUUUGCGGGGCAUUGUAGAACACCCCUUCAAGAAAUGAAAAACUGUAAAAUGAUGGAUUUAGCUUUGGAAUCGAGCAUCAUUUUUAGUAUACAUAUUGCCCGUUAAGUUGCUAAUUUAGUAGCUUCUGUGAACCGCAAUGCAAAUGACCAAAGCUAUGUAGAAACACCAUUGAAGCUUUUGCAAUGAAGAUCAACAACUUUCAUGCUCAAUGUAUCAAGAUGCGCUGAAUCAUGUUCGAGAUUGUUAUAAUGAUUCAACUGUGGGAGAAUCGGAGCACUUUGGUACAAUCAUAAAUGGGUAUUGAAGAAUGUUGAGCUGAUUUAGUGAUCCACGAUGAAUCGUAGUUUUCUGUUUGUUAAACAUAGACAAUAUCGACCAUUGAGUAAGGUGAUCAUGGACUCCACAGGCUAAGAUAGCAAAUCCUGUCUAUCUAGCGGAGUUUUAUUUAUUUUUCUCGGGAUGAUGUUAACAUCCUUAGGUUAAGGUCAAGGUUAAAGGUUUAAGACCUGAACGAGAGGGAUUGCAAUUUUAAUUAGAUUUUUGGAUGUAUUUUACACUCUGUUCUGUUUUAAAAAGUAUGUCACAAUCUUUUCAAUCUAUUUGUAGGUGUGGCCUCAAGUUUGUUGGCACUUGUGCCGUUAAUCUUCCCUAAAAUUUUUGGAUGAAUCGUAGUUUUCUGAAACGAGCUCAAAAUAAGAAGCUCAUAAGCUUAUUAUUUGUUA